CCUCCUCCUCUUCCACUCCCCCUCCCGUCAGGGGCGAUGGCUCCUCCCCCUUCCCGACGCCCUUGACGACUAGAAGGGGGGAAAGCCAAGAUGGCGCAGCCCACCACCAUCAUCAAGAUGCUCCGCAACUUAAUGAUUGGGCGAGACCUCCAAACGAAGAUGCAUGUGCGCUACACAGAGAUUUCCAAGAGAACUCAGCCGCCUCCGUGCCUCCCACUCGGCCCGAGCCACAAGCUGGCUGGCAAUUACUACUGCACACGGGAUGCUCGCCGCGAGGCUUUGCCUCCCACCAUCAUUGUGUCCUCACAGAAAACUUUGGCUGCUGGAUCGAAAGCCGACAGCUCCGGAUCUCCCCCGGUGGAGAAGCUAUCCGUCACGCCUGGCCCUCAGCUCCCGAAAUGGGAACUCUCGAAGGACCAGCCCUAUCUGUGAAUCUGCUGCCCGGGGAGGAGUGGGCAGGAAGCUGCCUGGGGGGGAAGAGCAGCUCUGGCCUCGAAGACACUUCCUGCUGCUGAUGUAACGGGUUCAAUAAAUGGGACUGCUCCCUCAGUGUGGAUGCUUGCUAAA